AUGAAGACUUUCAUCCGCUCGGAGACGGGGAACUUCGAGCUUGACCCCGCGCAGUAUCGACAGAGUUGGUCUUGUCGCACAUGCUUCGGGCUUGAUGUAACCGCCCUAGCCGUGAGUUAUUGCAGCAUUGCGGGAGCUGAACGACGAGUAGCCCGAUAUAUAGCCAGCCAGUUCCUUGCAAAGGAGAAGAUCAAGGUCGUGAGCAAGUUCAAGCGCGAGCUCGCGGGACGCGUCGUUCUCCCAAACUCCCAUGUGCACGUCGCCCUUUCAGCUUCUCUUCUUUCUCGGUUGGCCCUGAAGGCUGACACUGGAAUGUGUCUGGCGAUGAAGAAGAAGAGGUCGGAAACCAUGCUCGCGAUACACUCGAAUAAGAUAAACCAAUUCCUGUCUUGA